AUGUUAAACGGAAGAAAAUACAGAUAUGUUUUCUUGAUCGGUUUUAUCGUGAUCAUCUUGAUGUUCUUGAUGGACUCUCGUUUCCAUGUCAAAUCUCAUUUGAAGGUUUUAUAUCAAGAAAGUGUGAAAUCGUUGACUCAAGAAAUGGGAGAAGAAAGAAGACAAGAAAGGAGAUCGGAAAAACGUCUGAAACAGAAAAUAUUUGCUUUCAUCCACACUUUUCCGCCAUAUCAUCAAACAAGAGCAAAAGCUGUUGAGAUGACAUGGGCGAGUCGAUUGGAUGAUUAUGUUUUCUCAACAAUUCAAGACGAUAAGAAUCUCACAAACAGCCGAUUUUGGUUGUGGGAUCGAGUGAAAGCAGCUUUUCGAAAAACAUACAAAGAAAAAGGGAAUGACUUCGAUUGGUUCAUGAAAGCCGACGACGACUGUUAUUACAUAAUGGAGAAUAUCAGGGAGGUUCUCUCAAAAUACGAUCCCAAUGAGCCAUGGUAUCUGGGUGAAUUGGUCACAUCCGGCUACAAGGUCUAUCCAAGUGGUGGCACUGGAUAUAUUCUUUCAAGAGCUGCUCUGAAAAAAUUUGUGACGGCUUUGGAUGAACCAAAAACAAAAUGCCGUAAAGAGUCAGACGAAGAGGAGGACAUCCAUAUCGGAAAUUGCUUUCGUUAUGCAAAUUUGAGUCUAAUUCCAACGGUUAAUAAAGAAGGAAGGCAUUCAUUGAUUCCGAUUAAUCUAAAAGAUUUGGUGCCGGAUGUUCUUGAGAGAAAUGUCUUCACGAAAUGGUACACAACAAAGUCUAAAAUAAAAGUGAAAACGGGCAAAGACUGUUGUGGUCCGAAAUUGAUGGCUGUUCACAAAGUGACCUAUCAAGAAAUGUUUGUUUAUGACUAUCUGCUGUAUCGGGUGCAGAUUGCUGAUCUUGAUGAUCUUGAUGAC